AUGAUAAUAAUUAAUACUUGUGGUGUACACGAGCUGCAGUAUCCAGCUAUUAAACGGACGGACUCAAAUUGUUUUAUUGUCGGCCAUCAUAUGAAUGUAGCAACAUGGCGCCCGAAUUUGGCGCCAAAGCUCGCCACGGUGGCGCUGUCUUCGAACGAUAUCAUUUUAGAAAAAAUAAGCGGGGUGACGCCCGACGGCCCGGCGACGGAGCCGCGACGACACGGCGACGACGCGACGACGACGGGACGGUCAACGGAUGCCAAUCUGAUGCAGGCUCAGUCGGAGGACAGUGUGUCGCGUGUGUCGAUGGCGCCGCACGCACACACGUGCGCGCACCUGACGCCGCCGGUGGCGCCAGACGACCCCCCUCCCCUCCCCGACCCCCGGACACCUCCUCACGACCCCCCCCCCCCCCUCCCGCCCCGCGACACACCGCACGGGGUUGCCAGCCGCGGGAGCGAUGCGCCGUUGUAG